CUGCUUGACUCAACUGCUUUUUUAAUUUCAUUUCUGGUAUUAUUAAGUCCAGAGCUUAAUGAGCCGCUAUAAUAAUCAAGUGAAAGGAAUUUCUGAUGAAGGUGUGAGGCUGCAUGGCAAUUCCUGCAUGGAGCUGCUCGUAGUUUACUAUUGCCUCCUCUUUUGGAUUGUUGCUGUUAUUUGUCCUGAGGUGCCAAUGGCCUCUGGCUCAGAUCUGUCGGUGUCCUGUAAUCACCAAUCCUACCAACUCUACUGGUUCAGACAGCAGCACCCUGGAGAGGUCCCAGUGCCCCUUCUACACACCUAUGGACCGGGAGACGACUCGGCCUUCCGCUACCCCGGGACCUCAGACAGAGUCUCAGUGACAUCAGAGGGCACGCUGGUCAUUAGGAAUGCGAGUGAGGAGGACGAGAACUUUUACUAUUACUGUGCGGCGAAAGACCAAGCAGGCGAGAUCUUAUUUAGAAACGUUAGUAAACCUAAACGGAAAGAUACCACAAUGGAUGCUGACCCCAACAUCAGAGCCUUACCUGAGAGAUGCAGCUGCACACUGCCAGUCAUGGUUUCCAUUGCACUAGGUCUUCUUCUUUUGAUGCUCAGCCAUGCCCUUAUUUAUACAGCAUACGUCCUGAAGAGUAAAGAUAGUAAGAAACAGCUGGAGGAUGACCCUGGUACGAUGGAUCCAGAAGGCAAUCCUCAGCUGCUGUCUUGUAAAGACGCUGAAGAUUAUGAUGUGCGCUCCAAAGAGGCAGAUAUGGGGAAGAAAGGUGACCAGUAAGAUGAAACAAAAGAGAGCUGCACAGACGAGUGGAAGAAGAGUCCAGUGAGCAAACUGAGUAGAAGGGAAAUCUGGGCUCAGUUUCCAGUGUGUACCAUUACUUACUUAACAGUCACUAUAAGAAAUAAGCAAAUGUAUAUAGUGAAUGGGUGUGUGUUUAUGAAAUCUCUCGUAUUUAACCAUUCCCUUUAUUUUCCUUGUUUUUCAUUAAGAGGCUACAGAGCCUCCAGGCUUCCUAUCUUAUCUACUGAAUUCUGCAUGUGCUCUUCUUAUUUAAUUUCCCCCUAAAUGGCUCUUCACGCCUUGUUGCUUUUUGGCAUUUGAGCCCUGCUCUAUUCUCAGCUAGGAUGCCUAAUCUGUGAAGUCUGUAUGUUCUCCUCUUGUCCUCUUUGGUUUCCACUAGAAGUUCAAAAGACAUACCAUUGGCUGGCUUUGAUGUAAACCUGUGAACGGGGCCAGGGCCACCAUUAAGGUGAAUUAGGCAUCUGCCAAGGCUGCAGAGCAUAAGGGGGUGAAAAACACAGCCGUACAGGUUAGACUUCAGUGUCAUUUUUCGAUAGACAUCUGCAGUGGUAUGUAUUUAUAUUUAUUUAUAAACCAAACAUUCAAAAAUAAUAAAAUAAAAUAAAAUGUGACAGGGUGAGAAAGGUAUACAUUCCCGAUUUAUAUUACAGAUAUGGCAGCUACCAUUCAAAACAUUUUAAAGGCUUUGUGUCUCCGUCUUCUUAUCUUUUCUGUGCAAUCAGAUUGCACAGAUGUCUUGUCCGUCUGUCCCGCCUGGUCCACUGUGUACCUGAUGUUUUGUUUGUCCUACAAAUACUGCUAAACACUUCCAGUUUCAGAGGCAACUGGUGAACGUCGUUUCUUACAGUUGAAACUUAUCAAAAUUUACUUGCACCCAACAGUGUUGCAAAACAGACUUCAGUUAAAUUUGACCUAUAGCUUCCACACUGGAUUUGAAGGUUUUAGUGAAAAAGCUUGCAAAGCAGAAGACAAAAAAAAAAAAUUCGGAUUAUUUUAUCGGGCAGGAUGGUGGCGCUGUUGUAGUGCUGCUGCCUUGCAGUAAGGAGACUCGGGUUUGCUUCCCAGGUCCUCUCUGCGUGGAGUUUGCAUGUUCUCCUCAUGUCUGCAUGGGUUUCCUCUAGGUACUCUGAUUUCCUCUCAAAGUCCAAAGACUAUGCAGUUUAGGUCCAUUGGUGUUUCUAAAUUGUCCCAAGUGUGUGUGCUUGGUGGGUGGGUGUGUGUGUGC